AUGGCUCGGGUAUCGGAGAAAUGUCUGGCGACUCUUCUGCUCGUUACUGUCGUCAGCUUGCUGUGCGUGACACAAGUUGCGUCAGCUUAUACCGGGUAUGAGCGCUUGGUAGCGAAGCUGACGGAGAGCAAGAAAUACAGUAUCGCCCUUGCUGCAUGGCGAUUGUCUGGUCUAAACAACACGCUCAGGCAGCUCCUGCCCACGUCCAAGAUGACAUUUCUGGUGCCAGAAAACGCUGCAUUUGACAAGCUCCCGGGCAACUUUCGAUACUCCAAGAUCAGGCACUACCCCAAGGUGCUGCGGCAGAUCAUGUCGUACCACAUCUGGAGGCAGCGCUUCUCUAUCGACGAUCUCUCCGGGCUCCGUACUGGAACGCAGUUUCCCACCCUGGAUUACUCGUAUGUGAUGGAGAUGACCGACUUCAAGCCUUGCCUCAACAACACACUCAAGCAAUGGCUGCCGACGUCCCAGAUGACGAUACUGGUGCCGCGCAACAGCGCGUUUAGCAAGCUCACGGGCAGCUUCAGCUACUCGAAGCUCAAGAAGAAUCCGAAAGCGCUGCUGCAGGUCAUGGCCUUCCACGUGUGGAAGCAGCGCUUCUCCAACACCACCCUCCAGGCGAUAAAAGUGGGCACGCAGGUCAUGGCCUUCCAUGUAUUCAAGCAGCGCUUCUCCAACACCACGCUGCAGGCGAUCAAAGUGGGCACGCAGUUCGCCACUCUGGAUUACAAGUAUGUGAUAAGGAAGGCGGGCACCAAGAAAGGGGCCUCUGAGGGACCUGUGUAA